CUUGGAGAGAAAGCGGUUUGUGGAACGCCGUUUUCUGUCUCUUUAUUAUCUUACUGAAUAUUUUUGCUAAAAAAAAAAGGCUUCGUCAUGUCGAAAAUGGAGAAGCAUCUGUUCAACCUGAAGUUUGCAGCCAAGGAGCUUCAGCGCAACUCCAAGAAAUGUGACAAAGAGGAGAAAGCAGAGAAAGGCAAAGUCAAGCAGGCUAUCCAGAAGGGUAACAUGGAGGCAGCCAGGAUCCACGCAGAGAACGCCAUCCGUCAGAAGCACCAGUCUGUUAACUUCCUGAGGAUGAGCGCCCGUGUGGAUGCCGUGGCGUCCAGGGUGCAGACUGCCGUCACUAUGAACCAGGUGUCUAAAUCUAUGUCGGGAGUGGUGAAGUCCAUGGACGCCACACUGAAAAGCAUGAACCUGGAGAAGAUCUCCGCGCUGAUGGACAAGUUUGAAAACCAGUUUGAGACGCUUGACGUGCAGACGGCUCAGAUGGAGGACACGAUGAGCAACACCACCACUCUGACAACUCCCCAGAGUGAAGUGGACAGUCUGCUCCAUGAGAUGGCUGACGAAGCAGGGUAA